AGCAGUUGAAGCUGUUGGUUUCCAUGCGUGUUGAUACUCAUGUCGUAUGACGUCAAUACGGUGAAGUCCACAGUAUUUGAGAAACUGUCAAAGUUGGACAACGAGAGUAGCAGUAGACUGUUGCUGAAAGGCUCCCUUCCCAGCCGGAGUAGUGUGUUCGACGUUGAUGCAUGCGUCGAGAAGGCGAAGAAGUGUGAGCUCCUGUCAGCUCCCCAAAUACGAGUGCUGUGUGCGCGAUUAAAGGACAUUUUAGUAGAAGAGUCCAACGUCCUUCAACUACAGCCACCUGUUACUGUUGCUGGUGAUGUUCAUGGGCAGUUCCAUGACGUUAUCGAGCUGCUGGCUGUAGGCGGCCCUGUACCUGAUGUGAACUACCUCUUUUUGGGUGACUACGUUGAUCGAGGAUCUCUGAGUGUAGAGACUAUAACCCUACUAUGCUGUCUUAAAUUGCGCUAUCCCGACCGUGUCAGCCUUCUACGUGGCAACCAUGAGUCCCGACAGAUCACUCAGGUCUAUGGUUUUUACGCUGAGUGCUCUCUGAAGUACAAUGACGACCUGAGUGUAUGGAGAUCUUUCACUGACAUGUUCGACUACCUUCCAGUCGCCGCUGUGGUGGGCGGGCGAACUCUAGCGGUUCACGGCGGGCUCUCGCCAUCAGUGCACACGUUGGACCAACUACGUCUGCUUUAUCGGUUUGCUGAGAUUCCCCAUGAAGGCCCCCUUGCCGAUAUCGUCUGGUCUGACCCGGACGGCUCCAGCAUGCACGUACAGAGUAACAGCGCCGAGCCUGUUGUGGUUGAGGAACCCAAUUCAUCGGUCCGCGACUACAAGGAGUUACCCUCUGGUUCCGGCUUUACAGUGUCCCCUAGAGGAGCAGGGUAUGUUUUCGGCCAUGAUGUCACGGUUAAAUUCCUACACAUGAAUGGCUUAGAUCAUAUGGUCCGAGCCCAUCAACUCUGCAUGCAUGGUUACCAAGUGCUCUUCCCUGAUCGGUGUGUAUCAACUGUUUGGUCGGCGCCAAACUAUUGCUUUCGAUUCGGCAACACGGCUAGUGUGAUGGAAAUCUGCGAGAAUGGCACUCGCAGAUUUAAUAUUUUCGGCCCGGCGCCGGAAAGUUCUCGAGGGGAAACGGAGUCAGAGACCGUUCUUGAUUCCAUCGCUGCCGACCUCGGUUGCCUCGAUGUUGGGGCGGAAGCCUGUGUUAAAACGAUAGCGGGAUACUCUGAAGAUGAUGAUGGCAAUCCCUUACAGUCACCAUUGGGAGCAACGCGCGUCACCGAGGAGUACUUCUUCUGAACUCUGCUCAUACCAUCUCUAAGUACCAUUU